AUGCAUGUUUCUUUUCUCUUCACUUUGACUGCCCUUUUUGGCAUUGGCUCGGCGAAAUCGGGCUGCGGGAAGGCCAUUCCCGAUGAGUUCCCAAGCCCCGGAUCAAGCAAGACACUGUCCUUACCCAACAGUGAUCGCUCCUAUCGAAUCCAUAUCCCCUCCACCUACCAACACGAUACAAAAGCCCCGGUAUACUUUUCCUUCUGCGGCGCCGGCAAAGACGGACAUGAGCAAGAGGGUCUAUCCCAAUUCUCCAACCCAGCAUUCAACCCGGACGGUAUUGCCGUCUACCCGGAGACCGACAAUGGAGUAUGGCUAUCCAACCAAUACGCCCACACCUCGCAUCCCAACGAUCUAGACUUUACCGACGAGCUUCUCAGGCAUUUGGAAGAGAGCCUGUGCGUCGAUCAGAGUCGAAUCUACGCCAACGGCAAAUCAAACGGAGGGGAACUCACUGCCGUCAUCGCCUGCAAUGCCACAGUCGGAAGUCGCUUUGCCGCUUUCUCGGUGGUGAGCGGUGCCUGGCAUGAAACCGGCGAUGUACCCGGCGUUGGUGCAUGCGAGCCUGCGAAACGGGACGAAGGAUACCCCUUCCUCAUCUUCCAUGGCACAGUGGAUCAAACCGCCCCGAUUGAGGGAGACGUGGAGGACGAGAUCGUCCCCAUAAUUGAUGUCCUGCAUAAUUGGGCCGAGCGAAAUGGGUGCGACAAAGAUCAGAAAUGGGCACGGAAUGUGACGAUUCAUGAAGACCCGCUGGUCAAGCGUGCUGGCUGGGAUUGUGAUGGCAAGACGAACAUUGUCGAAUUCUACCGAGAAGGUGACAAUGGCCACUGCUGGCCUUGUACACACUCGAAUGAUGACUAUGCGACAAUGGGACGGGAUAAAUGCCCCAUGGGUCACUAUGUGUUCAACGCCACUGAGAUUAUUUUCGACUUUUACAGUCGGUAUCAGUUGAACUCUCAAUUCCAAUUGGGGAUGUGA